GCCCUUCCCGUGGUACUUUGCGAGCCCGAAUUGAAUACUCGGUUAAAAAAUACAUUUGUAAUUUGUUAAAUCGGUGUUUUAAGGGCCUAAAAUAAGACCUUGCAUUAGAGUUUGAAACUCCAGAACAGACUGAGUUCAACGGCACCACAGAGGGAGAGCGUAUCGGAGAGAGGUAUGAUGGAUCAGGACUAUGAGUGCAGGCUGCUCAGACAAAUUAAUAUCCAAAAUGAGAAUGCAAGCCCCAUAAAAGCUGUGGGAGCAGUGCGAUCUCUGACACCCACCAGCUCCCCCCUGUCCUCUCCCAGCAAGCACGGCGAUCGCUUCAUUCCCUCCCGGGCGGGAGCCAACUGGAGUGUCAACUUCCACCGCAUUAACGAAAUUGAAAAGUCGCACAAUCAAAAUAGAAAAACCAAAGAUGGCACAACCGACAGCAACAAAGCGGAUGGUCUAGCUUACUCUGCUCUGCUAAAGAACGAGCUGCUAGGGGCCGGUAUCGAGAAGGUCCAAGACCCCCAAUCAGAGGACCGCCGAUUGCAGCCGUCUACUCCUGCCAAGAGAAGCCUUUUUAAUUAUUCUGUAAGUACGAAGAGGACUCUACCUGAAGAAGAUGGAAACACAGUUUCCCCGUAUUCUUUAUCGCCUGUCAGUAGCAACAGCCAAAAAUUGCUACGGUCACCAAGAAAGCCUACACGCAAGAUUUCCAAAAUUCCCUUUAAAGUUCUGGAUGCUCCCGAGCUUCAGGAUGACUUCUACCUCAACCUGGUGGACUGGUCCUCUCUGAAUGUGCUCAGUGUGGGACUGGGGACCUGUGUUUACCUGUGGAGCGCCUGCACCAGCCAGGUGACACGUCUCUGUGACCUUUCUGUAGAAGGAGAUUCAGUUACAUCGGUGGGCUGGUCAGAGAGGGGUAACCUUGUGGCGGUGGGUACUCAUAAGGGCUACGUCCAGAUUUGGGAUGCGGCAGCAGGGAAGAAGCUUUCUGUGCUGGAGGGACACACGGCCAGAGUGGGUGCUUUGGCGUGGAAUGCGGACCAGCUGUCAUCUGGAAGCCGUGAUCGUGUGAUCCUGCAGCGGGACAUCAGAGCACCACCUCUGCAGUCAGAGCGGCGUCUCCAAGGGCACAGACAGGAAGUCUGUGGGCUCAAGUGGAGCACAGACCAUCAGCUUCUCGCCUCGGGGGGGAACGAUAACAAGUUGCUUGUGUGGAAUCACUCGAGUGUGGUGCCCGUGCAGCAGUACACUGAGCACUUGGCUGCUGUGAAGGCCAUCGCCUGGUCGCCUCACCAGCAUGGCCUGCUGGCCUCAGGAGGGGGCACUGCUGACCGCUGCAUCCGCUUCUGGAACACUCUGACCGGCCAGCCGCUGCAGUGCACCGACACCGGCUCUCAGGUCUGCAACCUGGCCUGGUCCAAGCACACAAAUGAACUGGUUAGCACUCAUGGUUAUUCCCAAAACCAGAUCCUGGUGUGGAAAUAUCCGUCUUUAACACAAGUGGCCAAACUCACAGGACACUCCUACAGAGUACUCUACCUGGCCAUGUCACCUGACGGAGAGGCCAUUGUGACCGGGGCAGGAGAUGAAACCCUUCGCUUCUGGAACGUCUUCAGUAAAAUGAGAUCCACUAAGGAAUCCGUCUCGGUGUUGAACCUCUUCACCAGGAUCCGGUAGUUGGUUCUGCAAGGGAACGACAACAGGAAAGGAAGUCAUCUCUGCAUGCCAUCCUCAGAGGGGGUUACCUCUCCUUGAAUUCCCUUAAAUAUUUGAGCCAUGUUGUAGCUGGGGUUGGGAGGUGCUGCAGAGGAGCACAGUCAGAUUGUGGAGAGCUGAAGGGAUGAGGACAGCACACACUGAGUAAACCACUGCCUCUUCAAGCAGAAUUUUUGCCGCCGUCUGUUUGACCGUUUUGUUUACAAACUGACUCUGUGCAUACCUGCCAAAAUAUAUUAAGUUUGUCCUUUUGAUUGUUUAUUUAUUUUACUUUUAAUCUUUCUUUUCUUUUUUUUUAAAGGUAUAUUCUGAUAAUUGUGUUUGUUUGAAAGGCCGGUGGAUUUACUCUGAUGUCUGUGGCUGAAGUUUUCAGCCUAAUAUCUGGACUGUGUCUGGAUUUGUUUAGGUUAACUAAAAAGAAUCAUUUCUACUGUUGGGUUUUCUGAGAGCUGAGGUGGGUCACGGACACUGAUUGCAAACAAUACAAACCGAUUGUGUUUUGAGAAUUCAAUGAGGGUCAAAAAGGAUGUCAUCAAAAAGAGAAAAAAAGCCUUAUUUGUUUUAACCUCAAGAGUUCAUUUUAGGACAGAUGUUCAGACAUUUUUUUCUUAUUUUCUUAAGUUCAGGAAAAAAGUGGACUUUUGAAACAUUGUACAUAAGAACAAUAUUACAGGUGUAAUUACUAUGAAGCUAUAUCAUUUUAGGUUGACAUGUAUGGGAUUCUUUUCCUUAUAUUAUCCUUUUUUGUGGAUUGCAGGAUAAAGAACAAAAAAAGCUGUUUUUGUUUUACCAGUUGACUUUAACCACAAUUGAACCCCUACAGUAAAAAAGUGAAACCAUCAAACAAGAAAAAUUAUGUUUGCAGAGCUCAAAGCGCUUCACUCAUGCUUUUAGAUAAACAUAUUUGACCAUAUCAUACAGCCACUGCAUUCAUUUCAUUCCUGGAAUGUUUCUAAGAAUGACGUACCAGGCUUACAUGGAUGACUUCUAUUUUUCUUUACAUAGACGCAUGUUGGGAACGGAUGAGCAGUUUUACUGCAAACAUCUCAAUUUCUUUUGAUGCCACUUCAAAUUUAUCCUGCCAGUGUAAACUACAGAGAUUAAGUAGGCUUUCCUUACCAAGAUUUGAUCAUGAAAAUAAAUGCCCAUAUCUUGUCUGCUG